AGCGCUGUUGAGCGCCUAACGUCAGAACGUAGGGUUAUACACGCGACGUCGCGAUCGCGAUUAUACAUUCCCUAUUCCCUCUCCCUUCUCCAGUCUGCCUGAAUCCGUCGUAGCGAGCGCUGCCGUUGCUGUGCGCCGCGAUCGAGCGAACGAAUCGACGAGACUCUCGUCACGAGAGCGGAGCUAGUCAGCUAGUGAGAGCUGAGAGCCAGUCGCGGGGUCAGCUAGCAGAUAUAUUAUGUCAAAGCGAGACGCGGCGGUUCAUCGAGCGUGAGCGCGACCGCGACCGCGUACGUUAUCCGUAUAUUCUUACUCGCACGCGAGAGUGUCGUUCGGUUAGCGGACUUUUCGCGCAAGUGCGAUCAGCCGGAUGCAAACGUUUCAAACGCGCGUUCGCCGUGGCCGUCGCCGGCCGUUGAUCAUCUCAUCCAUGGCUAAACACGUCCCGUAGGUCACCAGUAUAUCCUGGAUGCGAAUGUGUAUUCUUCGCGGUGUCGUCCUCGCCGCGUUCCUUUACCCGAAAACGCCGCUAUGCUGACGCUGCAACAUCAAUUGGAACAGACAAUAGCUCGAAAAUGGGGUUGAAACGACGGCGUAAUAAAUUGAGCGAGACGUCGAUGAAGUAAAUCAGCUUAGAUUCCGUAAAGAAGAUGAUGACUGCCAUGGCCCGGUUGCCUUGCAAGCAAUCGUCCUCGCCCUCGCAGCAGCCGAGAGUGAACAAUUUCGGAAACAGUCGGAAUCCUUACUGGGAGAUGCAGCAAGCUAGACAUCCUGCACCGCCGUACGUCAGAAAUCAUCAUCGGCAUACCGAUCAUACAGGUGAAAAUCAAGCGAAUGCAUUGCGAAUCGCAUCACGAAUCGAUGCCUUUUCCAUGAAGAGCGAGACCGUACUGGAUCGGAAGCAGGAACUGAAAAACAGCGGCCACCUACAGGUUUCGCAGCUGAGCGCUCCCGGUGCACCACCUCCCAGAUUAUUGCGAAAAUGCACCGGCAACUCGUCCGCCUGUCCGAUGCAGCCGACGUCGCCGUCGCAGUUACAGCCAACCCCCAUGACGCCGCCCUGCUGCUGGGUUUCAUGUCACGAACAAGACAGACUAGACGGAAUCCUGAGUCCUCAACAAACACUGCCACCCGCGCUGCCACCGAAAAGUCCACGUUUGGUUCCGGUUCCCCAAAGACGGACGAUUUCAGGACCCCCGAGCGGUACCGGAGGCGAUCAAUUGCAAACGAAACUGCGUCGGCUAUUAAACACCGACAGCAAGGAAAACGUAUUCUUUUCGGACAGUCCGCCGCAGAGUACGACACAAAGCAACGGUGUGUCCACAACGCGAGAAGAGAAAUUUCGAUACUCGCCUGGAAGUCUUUCACCUGGCUGUCGAGACGAGGAUCGUAUACUGCAUUGCGCGCCGCAAGAUGUUCGCUUCAAGUUCGGCAGAAGCAACUCGCACUCGCACACUUCCGGAAGAUCUAAUCGCAAGUCAAAUAGCUCCCCGUCGGUGGAGAAUACGAUAUGUCACAAGUCUUUGCCAGAUCUCCACACAAGCACGCGUCGUCGGGCGUCACUCUCACCACGCGCGUCCACAAAAUUAUCAGCGAAACCGACUGCCCAUCACCAAGCUACGAACACGAGCAAUUGUCCGGAUUAUGAAACUAGUUCGGAUUAUUCGGAUCGCAGUUUUAAGCGUGACUCCGUUUGCUAUCGUAGCUCCCGCCAUAUUAGGCGAUCUUUGGGAUCUGGUGGUGGUGAUGCAAGCAGUGUAUUAUCCUCAGGUGGACGAACGCAGAAAUCAUCUGGUUCUAGUAAAUUGAGCCACGGCGCAACAGCCAGGGACUCUGGUGGUUCCUCUGGACACUGCACUCAUCGUAGCGAACCAGCACCCAGAAUACAGGAUUGUUGGACUCAUAUACGCAGAGAUAGUGGAGCAUCCACACAACAUUCCACCGAGAAAGAUCGAUCGAGGAAAGGUAGUUACAUUGGCGGUACACUGCCACCGGUUGUAAGACACUAUAGCCCGGAUUCUGAAAGUAGUAAUAGUCAAACGGACUACAGUCCGACAUGUAAUUCAAGGUUUUCCGACGGUUGGAAGGAAGGUCGCGGUCGACCGAUUCUAAGAUCAAAAUCGGAUAUCAGCGAUCGAUAUUGGCGCCAGGAUAACGGCCGUUCCAGUAAAGUAUCAUCCCGCCCUCCGCGAUCGAUGACUCAACUCGAGAAUUUCUUUGACCGUUUAGGACUGGAUUCGGAUAACUAUCAGCGUAUAACUGAACCCAAUUCGAAGUCGUCGUCGCCCAUAUUCUUCGACAGUGUUAGCUCUGUAGAUUCGGCAUUGGGUCUCUAUUCCUGGGUCAGCAAUAAUCAGACAAACCAGAGUAAUCAGUGGCAAAACAACUGCAGCAUUGGUAUGGGUAAUGACGAAUGCAAUCAAAGGGUAAACGAUCCGCCGAGUAUCGUCGAGCGAAACGCGCGUAUUAUCAAAUGGCUUUGCCAAUGUCGUAAAGUGCAGUUAGGAUACAGCUAAACAACGAGUUUCUCAACGUGGGUAAAUCUUUCAUUUCUAAUAACAAUAUAUUCGAAUCUCAACGAUGUAGUACGCUUUUGCCUUCUACAAAUGAUAUAUUCGUCAGAUACUUCGCAUUCAUACAUUUCUCGUAAAUAUGGAAUUAAUUAGUGCUUUUUCUCCUUCUUUUUAUUAUUUGUAUAAUUUAACAGUUUUUGUCAAUCUUGUAUUAGCUGUUUGUAAGAGUACGAUUAUUAUUUUAAUUUAUUGUGCUUAAUAAUAGAGAUGAAUUUGUGCCAUUUUACAAUUAAUUGUUAUGGUUAUAUAUGUUGUGCCUUCCGUCAAACUGUGGUUAUAAAUUCAGGGUAAAGUUUUUGGAACAUAUUUACGUGAUAUGCGUUGUCGCACAUUAAUUUUUAUAUUAAAAUCUGUAUAGAAAAAUUUCUGGGGAUGUUUAAUAUUUUUGUGAAGGUACAUUGAAAAAUGUUUGCUUAUAUAUAAUAUAUUUCUUGGAAAAAAUCGUUAUUAGGUUUUAACAUUAUUAAUCUUGUAAUUAGUCUAUAGUAUGUUAUGCGAAUAUUUUUCCUAUUUAGAGAGCAAAGCAAUAUUAGAUUAUUACAAAACAUUAGUAAAAUUGUGUAUAAGAAACAGAAAGAGAGAAAGAAAGAGAGAGAGAAAGAGAGAAGUUGGAAUUUAUUAAAUUUUAAUAUAAAAAGAUAUAAAUUUCACGACGUAUAUAUGUGCUUCUCAUUUUUGAUCUUGAAAAUGAUGAAUUGGUUUACUAGAAAAAGUACUCAGAUGAAAAAUAUUUACCUCGAUUUUAGGAAAACGUACAGAUCUAAUUUCAUAAAAAAGAAAAUUAAAAAA